UGGCCGGCUACUUCACAUGCCACCAAAAUCAAACACUACAAAAUGGCUUCAACCCUCUUAAUUUCCCUCUCUUACUACAUCAACCACAACCAGCUCCACUUUUCCCACUCUGUCUCUCUCCUCUCUGUCUCUCUCUUACCCUAUAAUUAUCUGAACAAGCAAAGAAAAAAGCAGCAAAAAGUAGAUACGAAGAGAGGAUUAGACCUUUUUGUAGUAAUGAAAAGGUUGUUUCAGUACUCAUAUACACUACUAUAGCCUUAUUGCACCCUUCAUAACCAGCUGCCGCUGCACUACGUACUGAAAAAGAAAAAAGGAAAAGCCUGAAUUAUUCAUAAAUGUAUUUUUAUUUACUAUGAAAUGUCUCUUUUCCCGAAUUUGACUUCCAACGAAUGAAUACACUCUUAUAUAUUUUCUUGGUUUUUUUUCUUUGCUUUUGGGGAUAAGAGUUUUUUAAAAUUUGAUUUGUUUUUCUCCUUUUCUCUGAGCAUGACCAGUCCUUUUUUUCUCCCAUGAGAAAAGAAACAAUACAAACAAAUCCCCACAUAAAGCUGAACUGUCUAUUUCUCCUUCGAUUCAUUUGCAGAAUUCUCUCAAACUCUUCUGCUACCGCUCCUCUUCUUCCUCCAUUUUUCACCUCUUUCCCGGUUCGUUUCCCGAUACCCAGAGGUACCCACUACUAGUCUGGUCUCUUUCUCUCUUAACAUAUUUUCUUUUCUUUUCUUUUAAGGGACAAUUUUUAAUUUCUUUUGUUUCUCAAUGAUGCAAUUCACUACUACUAGUACUAGUCAUGAGAUCAGUACUACACCUCCAAUUCCUCCAAUAUUGUGUAAUAAUCUUCCUAUUAUGAACAAAACCCAACUCAGCCGAGGUCGUCCAUGGCCUGGUUUCCCGACCUCCAAGGCCUUAGGAAGCUUCGGUGACGCCAAUUGCAUGGAGCAACUUCUAGUUCACUGCGCCAACGCCAUUGAAAGCAACGACGUCACUUUAGCCCAACAGAUCUUGUGGGUCCUCAACAACAUCGCCCAGCCCGAGGGUGACUCCAACCAGAGACUCACAUCCGCCUUCCUCCGUGCCCUAAUCACACGCGCCGCCCGCAUCGGCACCAGUUGCAUCAAGAUGCUCGCUUCCGCCGUAGUCGCCCGCCCACUACUACUCCAAAACCAAGACGACGACAACCUCAAUGUCGUUUUCAACGUCCCUCACAGAUUCUCUGUCAUCGACUUCGCUACCUUCAUCGACUUGACACCGUGGCACCGCUUCGGCUUCACCGCCGCCAACGCCGCCAUCCUAGAAGCCGUCGAGGGCUUCUCCGUAAUCCACUUGGUAGACUUAAGCUCAACUCACUGCAUGCAGAUCCCUACUCUCGUCGACGCCAUAGCCUCCCGAAACUACGAGGUAACACCUAUAAUCAAACUCACCGUCGUCGUCGCAGCCGAAGCAAACGACGUCGUUCCCCCCAUCCUCGACAUCUCGUACGAGGAACUAGGUUUAAAGUUGGUCAACUUCGCUCGGUCAAGAAACAUAAUUUUGGAAUUCCGGCUAGUUCAUUCAACUUACUCAGAUGGUUUCGCUUCCUUAAUCGAACAUCUUCGAGUCCAACAACACUUGGUUAAUUAUCAGCAAGAAAUCCCCGAAGCCCUCGUUAUAAACUGUCACAUGAUGCUUCAUUACAUCCCAGAAGAAACCCUUAAUGAUAUUAAUACCACCACAUCUUCAUCUUCUUCUUCUUCAACUAAUACUUACUCUCUAAGAUCAAUGUUUCUGAAAUCGAUUCGGAGUUUGGAUCCAAACGUCGUCGUUUUGGUAGAUGAAGACGCAGACUUGACGUCGAAUAACUUGGUGUGUAGAUUAAGGUCGGCGUUUAACUUUCUUUGGAUACCAUACGACACUGUGGACACGUUUCUUCCCAAGGGGAGCAAGCAAAGGCAGUGGUACGAAGCCGAUAUUAGUUGGAAAAUAGAGAACGUAAUAGCGAAUGAAGGAGUUCAGAGGGUGGAGAGGCUUGAGCCGAAGAGUAAAUGGGUUCAGAGAAUGAGAAAUGCGAGUUUUCGGAGUGUUGGAUUCGGAGAAGAAGCGGUUUCGGAGGUGAAGACCAUGCUUGACGAACAUGCUGCUGGUUGGGGACUUAAGAAAGAAGAUGAAGACCAUCUUGUUCUUACUUGGAAAGGACACAAUGUUGUUUUUGCUACUGUUUGGAUGCCUGCAGUAACUGCUGCUUAGAUAUUUUAUUUUCCAAUAUUCAUGUUCACCAUCUCUCAUCACUAUAUAUUAAUUGAUUUAAGUACGUAGCAUAUUAAUUAUCCAAUUUAUAGCUAGUGUUAUCAUCAUCUUCAA